CAGCAGGGCGCGCCUCAGGCUGCCUCGGCGGACCAGCCCCUCGGCUCGAGAUAUUUUGCCGAGGGUGUCCCCUGUGUGACGUGGCGCCGGUGGGUCGUGGAUGGCGUCCACUGCUGCCAGGUAAAGCUCGUGCCAAUCGCCUGCCAGGAACUGCUGGAGCCUUUUUUCCACGGUGGGCCAGUCAGGGUGCUUUGGCGAGUUGAGGCGAAGUGUCAGUCGAGGUGCGAAAAGUAACAAGCGCCAGCCUGGCAGGCUGCCGCGGGAGCUGGGGCGUGCCGAGUGCGUCGCGACGCUUGUCCCCGAAAUGCUCUGUCUCGAGCGUCCCCUUCGGAUCCCUCAGUGCUUGACUCGUACUGUGAUUCCUCUCUAUAAGUCGGGUCCCUCCUCUCCUCCUAGUCGGUUGCUUGUUCCCUCCGUCUCGCCCUUAAAGCCCGUCCUGCAGCCCUCUGGAAGUCGUUCACUGGCCCUCCCCCUGCCAUGAGCUCGUCUGCCCUGCUGCGCUCUCUCCGUUGACCUCCACCCCGUCCCGGGUCUCCUCGCGGCGUUUGUCGCGGCCCGAGGCGCGUCCCUGCCGUCGGUGGGGUGCGGCGGUGAGUGCUCGAUGGGAAGCGAAGGGGGGUUUCGUGGCCGUCAGGGGCGACCCGCCGAUCUGUCGAGCUCGGCUGAUAGCGGGCGCCCCCCAGAUCUGGCGAGCUUGGCCGCCUACUCCGCGCCGUUGUGGGAGCGGGGGAUCCCCGCUCUCCGAAGCCAGCGGCAGUCGCCAGACCCCGUGUGUUCCCGUGCUGGGAGUGGUUCGGCGGCGCCUGCUCUGCGCGGCGAGCAGGGAGGGACCCUGGGGCCCGAGCGCGCAGAGCGUAGCGGUGGCCCAGCGGGGUCGUCGCCUCGCCACCCGCUGUCUCGGCCGCCGUCACCGCGCCCGCCGUCUCGGCCGCCUUCCCCCUGUCUGCGUUCGCGCUUGCUUCGACCGCGCCGGUGGGAGGGGCUGCUCAGACCGCGCCCGGUGCGUUGCAUCCGCGUCCGUGUCAUCCGUUCCCGCCUCGCCCCUCCGCAUCCGCCGUCGCUGUUUCCGGCGAGUGCGCCCGUGUGUUUCCAGCCGGCGUCGGCGCUCCUGAGACCUCCGCCGCCCGUGUACCGCGGGGCUCGUCUUCCCAUGGCGCCUCCCACACUGGACACACCGGCGGCCUCCAGUGGAGCGCUCCCCGAGUGGCAAACACCUCCGCAGUCCUUCGUCCCCGAUCACUGGGCUCCUGGGCUUCCCGCCCGUGCGUCGGGUGUGGGGGUGUAUGGGCCCUUCGUGCCACCCCGUCGACUGGCGGUGUCCCCAAAUGGAGUUGAGGAGGGGGCAGAAGCAGCGGAGACGGGGGGGAUGGAGUCGUCGGAGGAGAUCUCCCCCGGGUUCCGUGCCCAGUCCCGGACCCGGCGCCCAGUGGGUACGCGGAGCCAACCGGGGGCGCAGGAGGACGGUCUGCCGGGCAGGCGGCAGACGGAGCAGGUGGUAGCGGUUCCAGCAGCCACGUUCCGUCGGAUGUGCCAGACGAGGAGGGCGUUUGGACUGCUGGCGGUGGUCGUGGAGGCGACGCACUCCGCGCUGCUGGGGUCAGAGAGCUCCCGAAAGAUGCAGCACUCACACUUGCGGACGAGUUCGGACGCGCUUGCGGACCUCGUGGUGGUGAUGGGGCAAGCGCUGCCCGUGCCCGGCCCGGGAAAUGGCUUGGACCCGGCCGUGGCCGCCGCAAUGAGAGCGAUGUCGGAGAGCAUCGCGUUGGCGUCAGCCGUAGAUCUCGCAGGCAGCUGCGCGUCCACGCUGCGGGUGCUGGUGGGCCUACUGUCGGCGCAGCUGGAAGAGGCUGCGGGGUUCGAGUGACGGGGUGGCGUCUCGCGUACGUUCGCGGCCGGCCCGCGUCAGCGGCCGUCUGGGAGGUUGGCGAGCGUCCCGUCAGUAGUAGGAGUCCCUCCAUGCUGGUGGCAUUGGAGCGGGCGCUGUAGGGAUUUGUUGUGCCCUUGGGGCUUGGUGCUUGUAUUGAAAACGGAGUAGUCGUUUCCUGGUGUUCUUGCCGUCCCCGAACGCGCGGCCGGAGGCCGCCGACGCGAGCCGCUGGCAAGGAAGGAGAAAUGAGAACUGAACUAAAAACAGCGGAGAAUGAGAGGGAGAGGGCCUUAUUUAGCUUGGGAACCCAUGCUCUCUCUCUCUCGCUCUCUCUCUCUCCUCUCUCUCGCUGGCAAGGAAGGAGAAAUGAGAACUGAACUAAAAACAGCGGAGAAUGAGAGGGAGAGGGCCUUAUUUAGCUUGGGAACCCAUGCUCUCUCUCUCUCGCUCUCUCUCUCUCCUCUCUCUCGCUGGCAAGGAAGGAGAAAUGAGAACUGAACUAAAAACAGCGGAGAAUGAGAGGGAGAGGGCCUUAUAUAGCUUGGGAACCCAUGCUCUCUCUCUCUCGCUCUCUCUCUCCUCUCUCUCGCUGGCAAGGAAGGAGAAAUGAGAACUGAACUAAAAACAGCGGAGAAUG